AUGGUCUUGAGAAAGCAAACAGGUCACUUUUGUCCAGGCUGCAAAGGCUCUUUUAAAGCUAAAGAACUUCUAUUGGAGCAUUUGCAACAGCAGGCAUCUACUAGACAGCACACAUGCAGAGAAUGUGGUUCAAAGUUUAGCAGGUUGGCACUCCUAAAGAAGCACGCCAAGACUGAACACGGAAGUUUGAAGGCUUACGUGUGUGGAGCUUGUAACAAGACAUUUGCGUUUGCGUGUGGUUUGAAACUCCAUGCACUGACACACGGUGCUGAGAGGAGGUAUUCGUGUCAGUUCUGCGGUCGAAGGUUCAAACAUGCUUCUAAUCUACAGAAGCAUGUUAAGAGAGAUCCAGCUUCGUUCAAGAUUGAUCAUGCCUGUCGAAUCUGUGGAAGAGUUUGUGAGAGCUCAAAGCAUCUGGAAAUACAUUACAGAUCCCACACAGGGGAAAAGCCUGAGGUAUGCCAAACAUGUGGCAAGUCAUUCCAGCACAAGUCGAAUCUUCAGAAGCAUCAGAUGAAGCAUACAGGAGUCAGACCCUUCCAGUGCCCGCACUGUCAGAGAAGUUUUUUUGUGAAGCAUAGCUAUAUGGGCCAUCUGCGACUGCAUACUCAUGACAGUCCAUUCACUUGUGAAACUUGUGGAAAGAGUUUUAUCAGCAAGAAUGGAUUGCAGGUCCAUUCGAUCUUGCAUCAAGAACGUCUGCCCUUCUGCUGUGGUCAGUGCGGCCGAGAGUUUGCCCAGUUGGGCAACCUAAACAAGCACCUCAGUCUGCACACAGGGGACAAGCCCUUCCCUUGCAAUUACUGCGAUAAGAAGUUUGUGGACACCAGUGCCCUAAAGAGGCACAUGGUCAUCCAUACCAGGGAAAGAAAUUAUGUCUGCCCUGAUUGUAAUAAGACAUUCACCAUGAAGUCUGCCCUCUACAAACACAUGAAAGGUCAUAGUGAGAAUGCUGAACCUGCUAUUGAAUACAUUGUUUACUUGUCCAACCAAGAUGUGUAA